AACUUUUAGAUCGUUUCGGACUGAAUUCUAUAGUGGAACGCGUGCCGGUCAACACUCAUUGAUAUCAUUUGCUUCGCAAUAUUCUUCAAAAGAAUUUUAUUUCGCUGAGUUCAUAUUUCUUAUUUCGGAUAUUCAAAAACUACAUAAAAUAAACGAAAUGGCUGGUGUUAUCAAACGAGUUGUUCCAUUGUUGGAUCGCAUUUUGAUUCAACGUGCUGAAGCAUUGACCCAAUCCAAAGGAGGUAUUGUUAUUCCUGAAACUGCACAAUCAAAAGUCUCACAAGGAACAGUCGUGGCUGUUGGUCCCGGAGGCCGCAACAAGAAUGGAGAUCUCAUUCCAAUUUCAUUGAAUGUUGGCGACAAAGUUCUUUUGCCCGAAUUCGGUGGCACCAAAGUCAAAUUGGACGAUGAAAAAGAGUAUCACCUAUUCCGCGAAAACGAUAUCCUUGCCAAAUUGGAGAAUUAAACACUCGCUUCAUUGUACAACAUUACAGAGUAGACAUUUUUCGCUGGAAAAAGGGAAAAUUUAACACAAAGAAUACUGCAUGUUUGCCAUGUAGAAUGUAGUUUAUAAUUAGUUGUUGCAGAGAAGAUGCAGCGUGAACAAUAAUGAUUAUUUGUUAAACAAACAUACAACUUGAAAAUAUACUUUCAUUGAUUCCAAAAAGAACACAACAA